AUGGAUAAGUAUCAAAGCAUGAAAUCUGGCUUCAUAAAACUUCCAACUAUUCGUAAAUUGGAGGAAAAUGGCGAUGAUGCGCCGAUUGUUCAAGAAAUGGGCGAUUACAACCCAUGUCUGACCUCAAAAAAUAUGUGCCACAAUAAAGGAAAGUGCAUAAAUCGAGAAGGACAAUUUAUUUGUCAAUGCCCACCUACGCAUUUCGGCAAGAGAUGUGAACGAAUAGCAGACACUCGAUUUUGUAAGAAUCAUAGAUGUCAGAAUGGUGGCACAUGUUUAAGAUGUAUUUGUGUGGACGGUUUCAUUGGUGAAUUCUGUCAUAUAUUGGAAUUGGAACGAAACUGCGAAGAAGAUUACUGUAGUGGUCAUGGGAAGGGCCGUUACGAUCCAGACAGCGGAUGCACUUGUGAAUGUGAUCCAGAUGAGUGGAUAGGUGAAAAAUGCGACAUUCGAUCACCAUGUGUUGACUAUAGUUGUAUGAACACAGCAAACUGUACAUUAAAAUAUCAUCCAUUAGAUGAUGCAGUUGAAGCGGUGUGCAUUUGUCCGUCGAACACGGAACUUGUCAAGACCAUUAUCGGAGGAGAUCAUUGCGAAAGGAUUGAAACAAAUGAUGAAAAGUCGGAAUUUAUUCCAUGUGAAGAGUCAGGCAAUUUCUAUGGAUGGUAUAUGAAGAUGUUCAACAAAUUAGAAGAUGAAGAUCUAAAAGACUUAUUAACGAUUGAAAAAUCUUGCAUGAAGUUCGACGGAAAGCGCUGCAAUGGAGAAGGAGUUCUAGCAAACGGAUGGUGUUAUCACGAAGGGAAGUGCAUUGUUCGAGUGGAAAAAUUCGAAUCGGGAAAACUGUAUCUGGUUCCAUUUUGUGAAUGUAAAGGUGCGGAUAGUGGACGUUUCUGCGAGUACCAUCGAAAUGAUGCGUGUGAUCCGACAGCCGUCGAAAAGGAACGAGGAGUAACGCGUGAGAAUCGGUGCACCAGUCUACUGAACGGCAUCUGCAUAGCACCAGAAGGAAUCCCAUUAUGCGACUGUCAUCGCGGAUAUGUGGGCGAGAACUGCGAAGUGUAUGAUCCUUGCGCAAGAAAUCCAUGUGGAAAAACGUCAGAAUGUAUAGCGAUUCCUGACGAGGUCGAAGUGAAAGGCGAACUGUCGGCACAAAACUACCGUUGUUUAUGUGGAAUGGCCGUUGGCAUCGACGAAAAAAACGCAGCUGAAACUAAAUGCGUGUACACUGGUACCGGUAACUGUUCGCGAGCAAAUAAUCCUUGCAAUCACGGUGAGUGCCUGGCAUGUGAACACGACGAUCAGGGUGAUAUUCUACAGCUUUGUAGCGAUGAGGAAAAACGCGAUGGCUUCAGUUGCAAAUGCGUUCCGGGAACAUUUGGUACCCUUUGUGAACACGUCACCGAUUACUGUCAAGCAGUUGGAAAUCGAAUGUGCAUCAAUGGCGACUGCUACGAAGAUCCAACGACUACUCGUCAAUUCUCCUGUUAUUGUCGUUUUGGAUACCACGGUCGUAAUUGCGAACUGAAGUACACUUUAUUCGAAAUAAAUAUGCAGUGGAUUAAGGACAAUCAGAGCAGGCUGAUGGCGUUAGCGAAAAAGUUAAGAACGCCAACGAAAGCUGAGCUGAAAGUCAUCCCAGCACAGACGAAUGCACCUACCACAGCCCCUGCUGGAGAACAGUGA